GAGAGUAUAAGUGUAUAACUAAAGAAAGAAGGUGGAUGAGAGUGAAAGCAUAAAGAAAGUAAGAAAAGCCGCCAGCACCACCUUCUUCAUUGGCUUUAUAUAGAAGCCAUCUAUAACGUCUUGAACUUCCCCCUUUUCCUUUUCUCUCUCAUUCACUCUAUUCUUUUUACUUCAGAAUCACACAUUUCUUCAGAACAUAUAGAGAUUCAUUCUUCACUGCUUUUACAUUUCAAUGGGUUUCUAUGCUGAGGACUCAUCAUCUGCAUAUGGUUGGACAAUAGGUCAAGCCAUAUAUGAAGCAGCUCUAAUCGUUGCAGUUCUGAGAUGGGUCUUGUGCUUGGUUUUCAGGCUCAUCAAAGAUAGAGGAACAACACCUUCUUCUUCUUCUUGUACUCUUGUGUUGACCACGUUUCGUGAGAUAAUGGAGAGGCUUCCAGAGACAGAAGAAGAUACAUCUUGUGCAGUGUGCUUGAACCAGAUGAAGAUGGAAGAUGAGGUUAGGGAACUAAUGAACUGCUACCAUGUCUUCCACAGAGAAUGCAUCGACAAAUGGUUGGACAAUGAUGACAACAACCAUAACCCUACUUGCCCUCUUUGUAGAGCACCUUUGCUCACUCUUAAUAAUAAUUGCAGUUAUUCUUCAUCAGAGAGCUCUUUUGGUUGUGUGCCACCAUCUCCUCAACCUAGUUGGGCUGUGGAGAGACUUCUCUACCUCUUCGGAGAUGAUCUUCUUCCUUGCUAGCUAUAUGUGCAAUAAGAAUUGUGAAGAGAUGAUUAAUGUAGAUCUAUUAGUUAGUUAGUUAGUUAGAGGAAUUCAUUAUUUAUUGCGUUUGAUCAUCAAUGUUUGGAGCUGCAAUCAAUUAGAUGAUACGAGUAGAACUAGGCACAUUAUUUAGGAUUUUAAUUUGUUUGUAUAUAGAUUUUUUUUUCCCCCAUAUCUGCCAUAUGAUGAUAUGAUAUAUAAUUCCAUUCUUGAAUUAAUAAUGGCCAUCUGUUUAUUCUGCAAA